AUGUUUGCUGAAAUCCGUGCCCUUGAGGACAAUUCAAGUUGGACACUUGAGCUACUUUCUCCUGGUUUUCAUCAGUCUCUGGCAGAUUAUUUUUUAUUCACUAUGGUCACUCCUACCAGCAUCACUCUUGUCCUCUUCUACGUUGAUGAUAUCCUAGUUGCUGGUAAUGACAUCUCUCAAAUCGAGGUUUUCAAAAGCGUUCUAUCUACACACUUCAAAACAAAAGAUCUCGGUUCCCUGGAAUAUUUCCUUGGGCUCAAAGUUGCUCUCUCAUCGAAAGGCAUCUUCCUCAACCAACGCAAGUAUGCCCUUGAUAUCCUUUUUGAUAGUGGCCAACUUGGUUCAUGGACCUCUCAUUUUCCCAUGGAACAACAUUUGAAGCUCACAAAUCAUGAUGGCGAUCUCCUACCCGAUCCCUGUGUCUAUCGACGGCUUGUCAGACGGCUCAUCUACUUGACCAUCACAUGUAUUGAUAUUGUCUAUACAAUGAAUAUUCUCAGUCAGUUUAUGCAUGCGUCUAGAGUCCCUCACAUGACUGCUGCCACUCGUGUUCUCCGUUACAUCAAAGGAAGUCCAAGAUAUGGGAUUUUCUUCUCAUCAUCUAGUGGGGUCAACAUCACAACAUACACUGAUUCUGAUUGGGCCAGUUGCCCUGCCACUCGCCGUUCGACCACAAGAUAUUUCAUUCAGUUAGGUACGAGUCCUCUCUCUUGGUGUACAAAAAAAAAAACUACAGUGACUCGUUCUUCUGCCGAAGUUGAAUAUUGUGCCAUGGCUGUCACCACCUAUGAACUCAUAUGGUUGAAGCAACUUCUCACUAAUCUUGGUAUCCCUUAUCCUGAGCCCAUCACUUUACAUUGUGACAAUUAG